AUGUUAGUAGUCCGGAAUUCAGCUUCUCCACGAUGGCCGCCAUUGUGUAUCUUGUCCCUCCUCCUCCUCCUCGCAUUGCUACCACUAAAAGCUAGUGGGGUUCUGCGGACUGAAGUAAAUCCGGAAGACUUGAUUGGUGAUGCUGGAGCUGAUGGUCCCAUAAAAAAAGUUCCUCUCUUUAACCAGAGUCCCUAUCGGUUGGUCGUCUAUCGAGUGUUGAAGACGGAUGAUGGCGCAGAGGAGCUGAGAAUCCUGACAUCCAGUGAAGGUGUUGUUCCAGGAGCGCACGUUUCUUCACGAGUCGGCAUUGUGGGUACUGUCAUGAUGGUGCAGGAACUACCGGAUCCGGAAACAGGAAAAUGCGUACAAGCAGACUGUCAGAAAUCGGCCCAAUUCGAAAUUCCACAGGGCUUGGAUCCAGAAGUUAUCGUCUUGCCGAAUCUGCAAGUUACCGUCCAGGAUGCCACCAUUAUUGCGCAACAAAAGGCACAAGAAGCUCUGCAACACUGUCAUGACGCAAACGACAAUCUGGAAGACUGCCUAUUACAGGCCACCACGGCGUCUUUGAAACACUGGAAUGCCGAAUGGAGAUUUCACGAAUAUGCCUUGAAAUAUCUAGGAGCACAGGUGGAGGAUUACGUUUGCAAUGAUGAUGAUGACUAUGAUGAUGAACCCAUGUCGACGAGUCCUCCACUGACUACCUUUUCAUGGGAAUCGGGUGAUUACAUUGCACAUCCCGUCGACGUGUUGCAUGCCCGCCCAUCCAGUCAAAUUCAUGUUUUGCACGAUUUUAUCGAACCCGAGGAAUGUCGAGCCGUCCAAGAAGCGGCGGUACCCGGACUACGACGUGCAUUGGUGGUGGACGACCAAACCGGUGGUGCCAAACUAAGUCAAGAACGCAAAGCAUGGGAAGCGGCAAUUACCAUUCCGUGGCAUGUCGAGUCUCGACACCACCCUUUGACCACGCUGAGUCGUCGUGUGUACGAUUACACCAACUAUGUGAUGCAUCUGAAUAUUACAGAACAUGGUCAGGAACCCUUGAAAAGCAUUCAAUACCAUGGAAAGGAACGGUAUCAUCACUAUCAACAAACUGGCAUGAAUCAGGAAGAGGAAGAAUCACCAGACCAAUAUCUGCAUCACUGUGAUGGUCCCUGUCGUGGAGGCCAACACAAAGUUCCUGAUCGUGUUGCCACCAUGGUCAUGUAUUGUGAAACUGCUACCCGAGGAGGGCAUACUCAUUUUCGAAAUGCUGGUGUCCAUGUGCAACCCAAGGCGGGAAUGGCUGUGUUUUUUAGUUAUGUGGAUCCACAGUCCAUGCAAGUGGAUACUGGAUUCACCGAACAUUCUGGUUGUCCGGUAUUGGAGGGUCACAAGCACAUUGUCACACAAUGGGUGCGAUUAGGUGUGGACAAGGCCAAUCCCUGGGAUUCUUAUGAUGCGCUUGGCAACAAGAAGGAAACAACGACAACCAAAACAGAAACCAUAGAGAUGCAACAAGAUGUACAGGGUCAACCAGAGGAAGAGCCAACCACAAGGCAGGAAACCCAACAAGAAGAACAUGCGCAACCGGAGAAAGAGACAAUGGUUUUGCUGCAGCAACAACAAUAA